GGCUGGAGUUAUCAUUGAAGUGAUUGUUUUUCUUGCAAGCGCCAGCAGUUUCCCAAGUGUUUAGUGAAAAAUACUGUGAAUUUUCCUAAAAUCUGAUCGCUAAAGUUACUGGAAAUACUUGCUAUUGUGUGUGUCCCGCAAAGCAAUUGGAAAAGCUCCGAAAAUGAACAUGUUUUCCGGAUUAACUAACCAAGUCAGCUCAUGGAUUGGAGCUGCAAAAGGUGAACCACAGGACGAGGAGGUUCCAACACCCCCGAAUUCCGCUGCAACAGCAACGACGACGACAACGACAGCGCCUCCUCCGGCAGCAGACGCAGCUGCGGCACCCCUAGGAGAUGAAGGUGACAAAAGUCCCACCAAAAGUGGUGUAUUUUCUGGCGUAUCGUCAAAGGUGACAGGUUGGCUCGGAAAUGCAUCAAUGCCGUCAAUGCCCGCGAUGCCAUCCAUGCCAACGGUUUCAAUGCCAGCGAUGCCUGCAAUGCCUUCCAUGCCCUCAAUACCCGGACUCCGUAAGCAAAACCAGGACGAAAACGGUGGCAUCACGAAUGAGGGCCUAGCCACAUCGCCAGAGAAUACGAAUCAAGGUAUUGCAGGAGCGACGGAUGCAGCCGACGACGAAGACCGGUCCAGGUAUAUUAGACCACAGGAAAGUGCUACCGGAGGAGCUGAUUCUCGUCCUGCCACAGGCCCCGGAACGCCAACAGACGAAAAUGCCGGACAAAUUGGUCAAGUUACCCACAAAGUCACAGCUGGAGCCAAAUCGAUCGGGUCGUUCCUGUAUUCGUCGUUCAAUAAGGCUGGCGAUAAAAUUAAACACCUAAAGGAUAAUACUAUUCUCGGCGAGUUCAACAAAGAGCAGGAAGCAUUCAUUAAGAACCAGCAGGGAGGCGGCGGUCCAGGUGCUUGCCCAUGGUCCGGUCAUGCGAACGAAGCCAAAAUCAAAGAAGAAAUUCUCAGUCUGUCAGCGGAUCGUCGAAACUUUGUGCGAGCACCACCAGCCGGGGUUGAAUUUGAAUUCGAUUAUGAUGUCUCUUAUCCCAUUGCGUUAGCCAUCAUGAAUGAAGACAAAGAGCUAGAGAAAAUGCGAUUUGAGCUAGUACCUAAAAUCAUCACGGAAGAGAACUUCUGGCGCAACUACUUCUACCGCGUUUCCCUGAUAUGUCAAGCAGGAGAUCUGGGUACGCUAGGUGACAAAAACGAGUUUGUCAGGCGAGGAGUCAGUGAAGAUACAGAGGCCUAAAGACGUAGUUACAAUAUUUAAAAGCAUAGACCCAUUACGCCCGUAUCAAGAGAUGGUUAAGCGAGACAGUAAACAAAACGUUACAAUAUUCAUGAACAGAUAUGUAACUAACUCCAAAAGUAAAAAUAAUUACCACUAGUUUCAUACCGUAAACCCAUCUCAGCUAAUAUACAGCAACACACACGGAUGGAGCAGGAGGAUUUUUCCCUUCAUAUAACACGAUCAUACGAGCACACAAAGAUAAAUCAGAAUCAAUUAUGCCAUACCUUAAAUUUUAGUAUAAUCCUGUACAAGUCAAAACACACAUCUUGAUGUUAAGCAUGGUUACGUUAGUAUGUAUAUUUGGAGGAGCCAUAACCAGUCUUGAAUCAAUCAAAAAGUGUUCUCGUUCUAUUCUAAAUUCUAUAAAGUUUAUUUCGUAAUCGGUGCUAGAGACCACCGAUAUUUAUUCCCGACAAGUAUCGUUUCCAUACUUAAACUAUUCAAAGUAAACUAUCGAACACAAUAAGUGUACUUUUCUGUCUUGAUGUGAUUUUCCUCGUAACCUCAGAGUAAUGUUAACCCCAGAAGAAAGCUAUGGCUAGGAAGGCUAUGCGAAUUAUCUAUGGCUUACCACAUAACGGCACAUCUUAGGAGUUCCAGUGAACUAACCUCUAUCUGGCUGUGGCUUGACUUUUUCACGACACCUAAAUAUCCCGGCAUGAUUGAAAGUCCGAUAAACAAAAAUACAAAAAUAUUUUAAUUCUAACUCACAACCCACCGAGGCCGUGAUUCUCGUAUAAAAAAUUGCGCUAAUUUAUCUUCAUAUAUUGGAGCCACCACUUGUCUGACACAUGCACCUGUUUAAACUUCCAAACAAACCUAACCUAAAUAUUGUUAAGCUGCAGACAUUUCCCUGUAAUCGGUUACAUGUAUAGAACGGGCUUGAAAUAUAUUUUCUUUGAAUAAGUGAUUCCUUGUUUUGACCCGGAUUAAACUCCGCGUGAAUGCCAUUUCAAGACGCUAAGCUAUGACAAAAUCCAAGAUUAGUCUGUAAAAAAUCACAUAUUUCGCGUUGAACUUUACGAAAGAUUAUCAUUAAAUAGCAGUAUUCAUAUUUAAACUAACAAAUCGAAAAAAAGGGAAUGAAAGUAAAGAUUUUUUCAAUGUUGUGCAUUUCGUUAAAAUCUAUACAUCUUUGACGACAAAAUAAUAUAUACAAAAACAUUAAAAGAGGAGAAAGCUAAAACUAAUUAUUCAAGGGUGUAGGAUGUUAAGAAACUGAUAAAGGGAAAUAUUAAACAUACAAAUAUUAAUAUAUGUACUUAUUUAAAGAAAAUAUUUAAUUCGUUAAAACUCAAUUACAAAGAAGAGAAACCACACGUAAUUUAAGAGAAAAGACAAUACAAAACCAACAACGUCGUUGAGCAUCAAGAUGAAUCAAAGUAAAAUAGGUGAAUAAAACUGUCAGAAUUGUGUGGAAACGAAGCGAAAAGCAUCCAGGAGACGACUAAAGCUGACGAUCAGAUUGGUUGAUAUAUCGAAACAGAUAUCUACGGUGGUGAUGUUUUCCGAUCGGCAUGCAGUGUACAGAAGUAGAAAUAUCUGAGAUUUUUUUUUUUUUUGUUCAGUUGCAACUAGUAAUCCUUUAUAAAGGAUUUAUAAAGGAUCACUAGUUGCAACUAGCAAUUGUCUGCUGUCGAUUUAUUUGAAGUUUUUCCUGCGAACGCAUACAGAAAGACACACACACACACGAACACAUACCGGACUUGUAUUUCAAAAAUAAGAUGAAUGGAGGCUGAUUUGUUUCCGAGUUCAGGCGUCUGAUUUUCGUUAGGUUUGAACAACAUUGCCAACAGAAACAGAUACUAUUUCUAGUAUAUCUGAGUUAGAGUCUACCUACAGUCUCCUAGCUUCGAAAAUGAUAUGAUGAUAUUGUUGCAGUUGUUUCAAGGAUGAACUCUUUUGGUAUAUUAACACGCUAAUGCGAUAAGCUAUUAGGGUUUUUUUCAGAAUGUUGUGAAAAUAUUGUCAAAGUAAUUUUACUCCAGUAUUCAUUAAAACCUCUGCAAUCUGCAUUCACAAACAUGAAAAAUUCUCAGAUUGCGCCUACUGGUAGGCUGUUCAAUAGCAUUAAUGCGUAGUGCUCUCAAAUUACGUAUAGGACCAUCAUAGGAGCUAUGAAAUCUCACUUAAUCUAUAAUAACACCCGUUGGUCAUGAAAUCAUGGGUAACCAUUAUGCGAUAGAAGAUGAUCUUCUCUUCAUCAAAGCGUUAAAUGACGCGUACAAUCGUGGAGGUUUCACUGUAUAUGUUUUUGUAAGUUUUUCAUGCAGAAUUGUAUUAAAAUCUUGCAUUUUAUUAUUGUAUACAUCUCGUAUUAAUAGUUAACAAAUCAAUUCGUUUUUUACGAUUUAACGGUGAUAAAUUGCUGUGACUUUCACAAACUUUUAACAUUUUCUAACUUAUGAACCCUAAAAACAGAAGAUUCGGACGCCUAAAUUGAAGCAAAUAUCAGCUUUCAGUUAAUCCCGACAACGUGUUUAGUUUAGCAUAUGAUUUUUGUGUAAUUUUACCUUUUCCUCUCAACGCGGCUUUUCCUCUGUUUGCCUACCAAACCAUCAGUCGUAUAAUUUCAUAGCAAAAUUAUGUAACGCAAUAAUCUGUAUAGACAAAUAAAUUUUAAGGCAAUUAAAAAUAAGCUGUGAUUAAUUAAACAUUGGAAACUACAAUGAAGAGAGUGUAUUACCGGGUCGGCAGACGAAGCUAGCAGAUCACUUAUUUUAACCACAAAAGAGAAAGUUAUAUUAAACGAAGCGAAAUGCAUCGGGAAAUGUGGUGCAUCCAAGUGUAGAUGUGUACAUAUACAUCGCCGCUUCCACUUACGGCACACAGUUCUAGAGAAAAAAAGAGAAAGAUUCAAUUACGAUUGUUUUAUUAUACAUUUAAUAUUUAGCACAGCGCUAAACGCAAAGAAUAUUUUAAUUUUUAGUCGACUGUCAUAGAUGAACGGAUGCAGCAUGUGAUGUAAGUAAUCAUGCACUAGAACACUGAAAGUAGAUAGCAGUAUCGAUUUAACUACAAGAAUCUAUCAGGUUUUUCAAGAUGUGCAAAGUCAUGUGCAUUAAGAGAGUUAUUUUCUUUCGGUGCAUCAGUGUUGCCAAUUCUCGAACGUUUGAAUAAACGAUGAAUCUCAAUAGUUGCAUCCGUUUGUAUGUGAUACCUCUAUAAUGGCAAUAGAUGGGCGUGAUGCUAGUUCAAAGGUUUAUUUAUUCGAAAACUAGUUGAUCGUGAUUUAAGCCAACAACGUGUGUAACUCUGGUAAUCGUUUAGGUUCAUAACGUUAACGUAGAUACGGAUAGAUUAAAUAGUACAAUAAUAGACGACAAAAUAAUGGAUGCUUUACCGCAGGACAGUGCUUUAUAGCCACAGUAGGAAACAAAUCUAACGAGAUAUUUCAAACCCACUUUGCUUUGCUGUUGAAUCAUUUGGAAAAGGACGAUUUUCGUUGUGGGCUAUCGGUUAAGACUUGCUUACUCAAUUUGUUUCGUUCUUGUAAUUUUCGUUUUCCUGCUCCUCUUCGAACAUCUACACCAUCAAUCUACACCGAAUACACGCCAUUGUUAUAAAAACACGAUAUGGACCUUCAACGCCGAGAACACUUCACUCGUAGAAGAGCAAUGGGAAAAGGAUUUGGAGGCGGAGUUGCAGGAUUACGAAGUGGUUAACGAUGGAAAUGAUCGCACCAACUGGGAGAAAGACGUCGACGAGCUGCUGGACGACGAAACUGAUUUGAAAUAAAAUGAAUGUUUCAAUCAGUUGCUUUGUAACGUGAUGAACUGCAAUGUAAAUAGGUGAAUAAGGUCUGGUAGUUAAUAUUGUUCAGUGCACAGACAGACAGACGCAUCGCUCAGAAUAUCAGUGGCAUUAUGCAACUCAAACGCUGUGAGAAACAUACAUACAAAUUCGCAAUUUUUGUGUGGUACUCUCGUUUUCUAUUGAGAUGCGUAUAACUACACCUGUAUAAAACCACACAAUGCUACAGUGUUCAUAGACAAACAAACGUAACAAUUGAAUAAUUUUCGUCAUAUUUGUGUUGAAUCGGUAACUGUUCUAAACGUUGCGUCUGUUUGUCAGCAAAAAUGAUAUGAACGAUCUGAUGGUCCACUUACCUAUACUUAUUGAAAAUCCCGUUCAAAAACACGUGAAUAGUGGGAUAUCAGUAGAGUUGGGUGUCUGUUUGUCAGUGUUUAGAAUAGCUGAGAGGUUUGCUGUAGAUAAUUUUUCGGUUUGACAUUCGUGCGAAAUGAUUCAAAUGUUUAUUUAUUAUUCUAAAAAAUAACCUCAAUCUUUCCAUUUUGGUUUACAAGUUAUUGAUAAAACUGAUUUCGGUUGAAUUAAUUGUAUUAUCUGUAAUUUGACUGCCUAUGUCAGUCAGUCGUGACUAGUGUUGAUUUCUUUUCUGGAAAUGUACUUUUAUCUGUGCAUGCUCAUGAAAUACUGCUCCGGAAGACAUCGUUUUACAAAGUAAUUGAUCCACAAGAAGCAAGAAAUCAGGUCUAAACAAAAAAUAUCGAACUUUCAUCUGGUACUCAAUACUCAUGAGACUGUGAUGGAAGCAACCAAGUUAAAUAUGCCGACAUUCAUCUUUCAUUGUUCUUUUGCAUAAAACACGUACUUUUUUUUUCUCACGAAUUGUUCUUUUAAAAUCUUCUAGGAUGUACGUACGUACAACUGUCCAGCAGCCAUUAUUCGAAUCGAUUGUUAAACAAUACUUCUUCCAAAAUAGCUUUCAAUAAGUAUUCAGAGUUUUCUCACUUGGUUCUACAGUUAUAUUGCUGAAAAAAGACUUAGCAACUUAAUAAUAGUAAAAUGUUGAACGGUACUCAUAUUGGUGAACAUUCUCCUCUCGGCGAGGAAAAGAACAUUUUACCUAAUCUAUCAUUGUUCAUGUAUUGACACACCGAGUCCUUUAACGUGACAUGGAAACUAUUGAAAUUAAUCUAUUGUACUGUAAAAUAGUAAUCCCACUACACGAUAUAAGUUCAUAAAUUCAGAAACCGAUGUUUAGCUAUGGUCAAAUUGCUGUGAAAUAUAAAUAACCUAACUAAAAGACCUGACCCGUGAAACUCUUGAUAAUUUUUCAAACACUUCAGUAAAAAUUUUCGUUUCCGUUCGUUAUUCAAACGUUAUGACAUUUUUUAACAUGUUUUAAUCAAACCAUGGCUUUCAAUAUGAACAUGUUGAAACAAAUAUGACGAUACUUCAAUCCACUCUACAAAAUUACACUGAUCAUACGACACUUCUUCCAGAAAAUCUCUGAAGCUAAAUUAAAUAUAACGUUUAUAAGAGUCUAAGGCACUUGAACGAACUUGAGAACUUAACGACACUAAUAUCAAACACAGAGAAAAGAAGAAUAAAAACAUUUCAUCGCACAGAUUUAGAGAAAGCAAAAGACAAACAGAAUUGCAUAAACAAACAAAAGGUUAGACUAGUCGUUUCUUUUUUUCAACAGCAUUUCUUGUUCACUGUACAGAAAAUUGAAAAACUUGAAGGCGAUUCGGCGCCAUGGUGCGCCGUAUGCUAUAAAUAUGAAACCAAAGUAAUUCCACACAACUCAAACUGCUAGCAACAUCUCACUAUUUCAAUAUACAGUGACUCUUGUUUCAUCGAGCCGGAAGGAGCUGCUGCUGUUUUUAGAUAUUCAACAACAACAAUUGUUUCCUUCUUUUUGUUUUUCGUUGAUCUUUACUAUCUAAACUCGUGAAUCCGACGAAAUUAUGGAUGCAUUGUAUUCUGUAUUUAUUGACAACUGGAAAUAAGAUUGUUUAAUAUAUUGAACUAAUAUAAAAUAUACAUAUUACGAUAUACUACCGAAUAUAAAGCAUUAAUAUGUGUAAGAAAUCAGUAAUAACAGUAAAUAAAAAAACAGAGGGAUAUUGUGAACAUUCAAUGAA